AUGCGUGAAGACCGCAGCGCGAAAGAUUCUGAGGCUGAGGCCCAUCGCCAGCUACGGAGUCGACAAACCAGGGGAUGGAAAUGCCCGCAAUGUGACCAGGCUUUCAAGAAAAGAGAACACAUGUCGUGGAGAAGGCAGCGCUGCUUUGAUGGCAGAGCCACCGACGCCCUUGCCUCCAGCUACUCUCUGAUAAGAGGCGCAGAUGUAGAAGCAGCUGCUAGCCACCCAUCACUCGACCAGGGAUCUGAUAUCAAUGACGACGUGUUGUCUACGAGUAAACCCCCUAAUGAACCAGCAUACUUGGCCGAGCCAACUGAUUCAAUGGGAGACAAUAGUUACCCACGGAAUCACUGGGCUGCCUCCGGAACAGAUAUUGAACCUUCAAACUAUCUCUCUCCUUCCACAUACUCUUCUACACGCGCAGACACUACUUCUCUCAGUGCCGAUCAGGUUUCCACUGUCUGGGGAAGUUGGACUGAUUUGGGUUUGUUCGACUUUGGAGGUAAUGCUUAUGACCCAUCCUGGCUGGUUGGGGCAAGUUUUGACUUCAAUGCUCUAACUUCCUCCAUCUCGACAACUGGCUCGCCAUGGGUCUAUGGCGAUGCUUCUGCAAACUUGGCUCAAUGCCAUCCAAGUGAACGUUUAAACGAAGCAGACAACGCAGACGAGUCAACCACUGGCAACAACAUGCGGAAUCUUGUUCGAGACAGAUGGUACACACGACCAACAAUCGAAUCGGCGUCCCCUUAUGCACUAAAGAGACCGGAAAACCCGGAUCGGGUAGACGAAGCAUAUCGUGCUGGUCUCUCAAGCCGGUUGCGACCCUGUCUCCAGGAUGAUGUUUUGCCAUCUGCCGACUUUUUAAACACAUGCAUCAAGCUAUACUUUGCCAAGUUUCAGCCCGUCUUUCCCAUUGUUCACGCCCCUUCGUUUCGACCGUCUUCAGAGAAUGCUCUCUUACUCUUAUCCAUCUGCUCAUUGGGGGCCCUUUUCGUGGGAUCCGCCGGCGCUGCCGCUCGUGGUAGGGGAAUCUUCUUGAGGCUGAACAAGGCAAUUCUAGCAUCGUGGGAAGUAUAUUUCUACCGAGGCGGGCGCGAAGCAUUGGCUAUAACGCAAGCCGUUGCUCUGGGUCAGACAUUUGGAAUGCUCUCCGGCAAUCCAAACGAUCUUCUGUUGACUGAGAGCUUUCACGGCACCAUCAUUGCUUGGGCCCGGCAAGCUGGGAUGUUCCAGAUCAAAGAUUCCUUGUUGGAAGCGAAUCAUACUGACCCUGAUGAUGUGGAAGCGGCAUGGAGAUCUUGGUCCCAAGCAGAGGAAACUGUCCGUGUGCUGGCGGCACUGCACAUUCAUGACUCUGAGUUUGCAGGAAUUUUUCACCACGAACCGUUAUUACGACAUGACCCGGGAAGACUACCACGCUGCUGCCCAGAUGAGCUUUUCAUCGCCUCCACGGCUGCUCAGUGGCAAACGAUACUCAAGUCGCUUCACUCGUCUCUGCCUUCAACCGAGCCGCAGCAUCUAUCCUCUCUUGUUAUACCUGCAAUACCGAGUUCUCACUCAUUCAUGAACGCUUACGUCCAACUUUCCGGCUUCAACGCGGCAAUACAGGACGCUCGGUGUGCAGCCCCAAAUGAGGCAGUAAUUGGAGACUUUCGGAGCCGUCUGACAACUUGGUACGAAGCGUACUUUCCAAGUCUCCGUUACCCAAGUCGUGAUCCCCAUUGCCUCAUUGUGCUUUGGCACGAGGCAUUCAUGUCACUCUACGUAGGCUUCGAUCUGUUGGAACGUGUGAUAGGGCGCGAAGGGUCGCCCAUGAGGGACAGCGAUCUGACACGCAUCCGCGGCUGGGCGGCAGGUCUGGAGGGCCAGCGUUGCGUUGUUCACGCCAUGCUCAUCUACAAGCGCCUACAGACACUUCCCAUCAGUGCAGAGCCAGCCAUCCACGUACCAAAGGCGCUGUUCUAUGCAGGGCUGGUUGUAUAUUGCUAUGUCAAAUUUCGGCCAAGUGUAGAACCCCAUAGUGAUAUAGACAUUCCCGAGCUGAGAGCGGGUGAUCUUGGACGCGUGUCGGCUCAAGGUGCAGCAGAGCCGCCUACAGCCAGCCUUCGCCAAUUCGAUCCGAGCAUAUUGUACAACAUGACUGACCUUCUCCAUCGCCAAGGGCACUGGGAACUGUCCCGCAGAUUUGCCUCAAUCUUCGAGGCCCUUAUCGACAACAUUGCAGAUUCUAUAGUUGAUGAAUGCUGA